AUGGUGCCAGUGCUCUGCUAUGAGUCCAGAAAUGUUUAAUGUCUGAGGACCAUCUAUCCCUUGCCCAUACGCAUCACCCUCUACAUGAUUCUAGGGGUCACGGUCGUCCUAACAGUGUGUGGAAACCUUUUGGUCACUGUCUCAAUUGCCUAUUUCAAGCAACUCCAAACUCCAACCAACUACCUCAUUGCCUCUUUGGCUUUGUCUGACCUUCUUUUAGGAUUGUUAGUCAUGUUUCCCAGUAUGAUUUGAUGUGUAGAGACUUGCUGGUAUUUUGGUGAUGUCUUCUACCGACACUAUGCUGUUUGCCAUCCUCUACUAUACAGAAGAAAAAUGACUGUUAACGUUGUGUUGAUUAUGAUUCUCCUUAGUUGGAGUAUUUCAGCUGUCAUAGGCUUUGGAUUGAUUUUUCUGAAACUAAAUAUUUGGGGGUUUGAGAAGAUCUACUACAACCAUGUUACAUGUGAAGGAGGAUGUAUCUUGUUUCAUAGUGGAAUGUCAAGAACAGUCUCAUCAGUACUUUCCUUUUACAUUCCAGGAAUAAUAAUGCUUGGUGUUUACCUGAAGAUUUUCCUAGUGGCACAGAGACAUCUACGUACCAUACAGAACACAAGCUAUAAGAGCUCAGCAAGACUAUCAAAUACAAGUCUGGCUAAACCCACUAAAACACUUUCUAUCAUAAUGGGGGCAUUUCUUUCUUUUUGGACUCCUUUUUUUAUCUGUAAUAUCAUUGAUCCUUUUAUCAGUUACUCAACACCACGCGCUUUGUUCGAAACCCUUGAAUGGGUGGGAUACUUGAAUUCUACUGUGAACCCCUUAAUAUAUGCAUUCUUUUAUAGUUUGCUCAGAAAGGCAUUUCGACUAUUCACUUCAGGCAACAUCUUUAAAUCUGACAUUUCAGAGACAACACUUUUCACUGAAUAA